AUGUUCUCUUUCAUUCUUUCCAUUGUUUUCAUACAAGCAAUAGCUGCAGCAGAGAUGGUAUGUUAUAGUUGCUAUGGAAACUCCUCAACAGUUGGGCAAUAUUGUUCGAUUGACCAUUUGUGUACUGGAAAAUCGUGUUACUUUAAUCAUGAUGGAGAGAGUGGAUGGGACGCCGGAUGUUCUGAUGAAGAUGUAGCUACGACAGAAUUAGUUUGCCAAUUGCACGAGGGAGUUCAAUCGGGAUGCACUUGUGCAGAAGAUUUUUGCAAUAAUUUUGAUAUUGGGGCUGAAGCACUUCGGAAUUUUUGGUCAGCCGAUCCUCCAUUUAAAAACUUUGAUUUUCAUCAUCCAAAUCUGGAAAACAAUAUAAUGUGUAUGGAGUGUGGCAAUGUUUCUAUUAAUGGUUUGACGCGUCAAAUUCCAUGUACGGAACAAUCUAUGUGUCUUGGACAACAUUGUGUUACAAAAAGAGGACAGAAUCCAAGAUCGUUCUGUGGUACUAGUUGGGAAACAACAAACAUUAACGUUCGAUGUAACAAAGUUGCGGGAGCUGAAGAAGUGUGUAUCUGUCCGGAACAGCUAUGUAACGUCGUUUUACCUCCAGAAGCAGAUGCUCCUCCCUCAGCCCCCACUACUACAACAACUACCACCACCACUGUAGCAACAACCACAACAAAACAAAACAAUGGAGGAAAGAAGAAAUGCAAGAACAACUUGAAGUUCUCACCAAAUGCUCAAGCAGUUUUCAUGGGUGAAAAACUGAAAGCUUUGAUAAAUGGCCAGUUUGGUAGUAAAGCCCAACAAUUGAAUGGAUUCAAUACUGAUAUAGACAAUCACAUCUGUAACUAUGCGGACGAAGAAUAA